ACACACGGCGCCUCCCAGAGUCUAUGUCACCGGACCGCCCGGUACAGGUAAAACUGUGGUGCUGCUGCUGAUGGCCAUACAGUGGCUGCGGUGUGGUCACCACGUCUACGUUGUCAGUACCUGGAGUGAUAGUCGUGUAGCGAGCAUCAUGUUGUAUCAUCUCUUGCUGCAGACAGUAAACACACAACAGUCAGCAGGUGUAUCACCCGGUCAGCCUCACCUCCUGCAGUAUGAUCUUGAUGAAGGUAACGACGUGAAGAAGACCGUCAACGACUUGUCACAGGCAGCAAGAGGAGGUUCGUUGUACGUCAUCGCUGAUGAAGUGAUCGGGUCAAAGUUCCCCACUUUUUGUGACAAGCUGCUGACACAAGUUCCUCAUCUCCAUCUUUGGGCGGCAAGUUGUUACCAUCGAAACGCACCAGCCGGCUGGCAAGUAGAAUGUUUAACCAGACCCCUCCGCUCUCCACCGGCCGUCGUCAGGGAAGUCGAGCAGGACUCGAGUUUCACUAAACACCGUGAUGUCCUGCCGUACAGUGAGCGAGGUGUGCCCGACCACACAGACGGCCCGCCAGUCACACGACUGUAUCACCGAAGUCAGGGUCAUUCAGGUGACAGUCCAGUUGACUGUGUGACGUGCGGUCGUGACGUGGCCAGCUUCCUACACAGUCUCCGUGUUGGUGUUACAGAGAAUGUCACGACAACAGCCACGACCGCCAUCUCCACCAACGGCGGCACAACACCGCCCUGCCUGCAGUGGAGAGACGUGCUGGUGUUGCACUGGUAUAACAUUAGUGACGACCCGGGUAUGAUAAAGGGACUGCAAGAAGCGGGUAUCCCAGUGCAGAUGAUGAAGGACGAUGACAUUGAGGACGUUGCCAUGGCCCGCAGUGACGUGGUGUGGGUGGCGGACGGAUAUCGUGUUUGUGGUCUGGAGAGAAAAGUUGUCGUCUGUCUGGAGGAUGAACUUAUAUCCCGGUUCUCCUGCAUGUCCCGGUGUACGUCACAACUUAUGAUUAUCUACCCUUAGGACAAACCAAAGGGUAUCUGACGUCAUCACAUCGUGUGUAGGGAACAUUUUUAUACACAUGUUUAAUGACAUUUAUAGACAUAUGGUGUCUAUGACACAUUUACCUACAUAUUUUGUGUAUGACACAUUUAUAUAUACAUGUUGUGUAUGACACAUUUAUAUCUACAUGUUGUGUAUUGCACUCACAACAGUCGGUGUCUCUCUUUACACAACAACUAGUGUUAGCUUUAAUAUCAUACGUAUGCACACAGAUGAGGUGACACUUUUAUUGCAGCAUGUAAAUACGUUUUACAACAUAACACAUCACACAUAAACUAAACUUUUUGGGAAAAAAAUUCUUUUUUUUAUCAACAAUUCGAGAAAGUACAUGCACUGUAGCUGCAACAUGACCAGGAGCAGCAGUAACUGUGUGUCGGGCUGUGGCAGUAAAACGUUUAAGA